AAUAUUCAUUAUGAAAAUGGAUUCUUUACUAGUGAAGACGGCAACGAGAUUAUUAUUAACAGUUUUUCUAUUGGCGCUAACUUUCAAUCUUGCUGUUACAGAUUAUGUAGAAUAUGAAUUUGUAAAUAGUCCUAUAAGUCGUAGUGACGUAAGACCAGAGUUUGACUUGUUAAAACAUGAUAGACUACGCCGAGAGACAAGUACGAAUAAUGCAUCAAGUGCCAUAGCAACAAAUAUCACUCCAACAGUGACUGCGACUGCAACUAAUGUGACAAUUCCAAAAGAAACAGCUCCGCAAUUGAAUAAACCUAAUGAUUCCAGCAAUACAACUGAUGGCACAAAUAAAUCAAACGUGACGACGGUUGUCACCCAAACACCUCUACUAUCUUCGAACACUGGUAACGUUACUACGACUGGCAAUACGCCUAAAGUGAGUGACCCAAUUACACCUGAUGACGAUUUUAGUGAAAUGUUUAAUGAUACGCUGCAAUCGAUCAAAGCUAAGGAAAAUAUAUCUGAUAUAACAGAAGAUCACCAUAUAUUCUACAAUAGUACGUUUUUGGGCAAAGAGUCGUUCAAAGAUUUUUGGGAAAACAUAACGCUACAAAAGGCGGAAGUUCAUGAUGUACUCAGUAAUUCACAUCGCCGUGCUACUACGAUAAAAUUGAGUUUCGACUUUCCCUUCUACGGGCACCCGGUGAAGAAUAUAACGGUGGCGACCGGAGGUUUUAUUUACAUCGGCGACCACGUGCACAAUUGGCUUGCAGCCACACAAUACAUCGCACCACUUAUGGCCAAUUUCGACACGACACUCGGCAAUGACAGCUUCGUCAAACAAUUUGAUGACGGAGAGAAAUUCGCGGUGUUUUGGGAAAAUGUGACUCUGCAAGAGAACGCUACGCAAAAGUUCACGUUCGCAGCGAUUUUGUAUAAGAAUGGUGAUAUCGUGUUCGCAUACAAGGAUAUACCCAUAGCGGUGCAAGCCAUCAACGACAGCGAACAUCCAGUUAAAGUGGGCAUUAGUGACGCCUAUCUAGCUGAUAAAAGCUUCUUACAUCUAAGACGCAAGACAAUAUAUGAGUACCAUCGUGUGUCGUUCAAGAACUAUGAGAUAACGAGUAACUCUAUAUUGAAACUCAUCGCGCUUCCCACUUGCCUGCAGUACGACACUUGCGAGGGGUGCGUCAACCAUGACACCAGUUUUAACUGCUCCUGGUGCGGAACAUUACAGAAGUGCUCAAGUGGAACUGACAAAUACAAGCAGGAAUGGAUUAUGAAAAAUUGCGAAAGGACAGCUAUAUCUCAGGAAGCGUCAUGUCCCGUUUCCCACGAGGCCACUCCUUCAGACACCGUCAAUACAGCUUACACCACCGUCACUGACAACGAUGGCCACAAUGCACAGGAAGUGAGUCGAACCAAGAUGAACGCAGAGAGUACAGUGGGCGGGCCGGACAAGGCCCAUUCGCCGAUAGGUGGUGUUGUUGCUGCAUUCGUUGUGGUCACCAUGGUGUGCAGCUUCGCGGCCUGGGUGCUGUACGCGUUCAAGAACCCGCAUACACGUAGUGGCCAGCUGCUUAUUAGAUAUCGACCAUCCCAGUGGACGUGGAGACGCGGCGAAGCGCGAUACACGGCAGCCACCAUCCACAUGUAAAACAUGUUUAGUUGUAUUGUAACAAUACGAAGAUCUAUAGGGGUUUAACGUGUGAUACUCGUUUGAUUGCAGUGGGUUUGUUUAUUGGCAACUAUCGUGCUUUAACACCAUCACCGGUUCAGUUGUUAUUGUUGUUCGCUUUUUGAAACUGUCCGCCAUUUUGAAUACACGUACAUAUACACGUAUACUGACGGUUUUGAUUUAUUGGAUUGCGCAAUGUACUUAGAAAUGUUCUAGUAUAUAAUUUCAGACCAAUUAAAAAAUUUUCAUUAUGAGACAUCAAAUAAUUCUCAGUAUUGUAGUAAAUCUAUACAUAUUUUUCAUUUACGUUCAAAUUUUAUUGCUUUUAUAUUAUUUUUAAUUUGCGACGAUUGCAAUACUACCAUUAGUGUGAUUUUACUUUUAAAUAAUAAUUAUUUUUCAGAAUCUUAUGCGAUGUUCAUACAAUGAAUAUCUCGUGAUAUUCAUUGUUUUGUAAUUAUUGAUACUUAUAUUUAUUCUAUAAUACAUACAUACCAAAAUUGUUUAAUUUAUAAAUAACAUUCCUGUAUUAUUGAUAGAUUUUUUAUAAGUAUCUGUCAUUUAUUUUUUAAUUUUUUGUAUCCGAAAUUAUGGACUAGUUGGUGCAACAAUAAAAGCAUGUAAUAGAUUACAACAAUGUUGAAAAGUAUGCGGAUCAAUCAUUAUAUAAAAUAAUGGGGUAAAAUAAUGAAUUUUCAAAUAAUUGGUAUUUGGUACGUGUACUUACUAAGAUAUGUUUAUACUGGGGUCUCAUACUGUUUCAUACUAGUGCCUUACCUGGUAUCAUAUCGUAUCUCAGUAUUCUACAACGGGCCGGUGAUAUUGUAUUAGUGUAAAUUGUAAAAUUGACCAAAGUCGCUACUCGCUGUCACUAUGCACGAACACGAAUCGCUUCAUACAAGUGCCUUACCUAGCGCCUCAGUAGCUCAAAUAUACGUAUUUUAUCGCGAUACUUAAAUUUGAAAAUUAAGUCUAAGGAAUCUCGGUUAAAACAAAAUAUAAGAUUUUUAUAUCAUUUUUCUCUUCAAUACUGGAGGUAUAUUGUAAUUACACCAUAUGUCUUUAAUGUAUUUAAAUGUCUUAUUGUCUUUAGAAUUUAAUGCAAUGUUUCACGUUCGUAUAACGUUUUAUUAAGUGAAAUUUAAUGUGUUUAUUAAAAUGUAAAAUUUUGUGCAAUUUUAUAUGCCAUGAUGCAUAAUGUUUGUCAAAUAUUUAAAAAAAUAUAUAUUAACAUAAAAUUUCCAUAUAAUAUUAAGUUAUUAAUUUUUAUUUAGACAAUAUGUUUAAAACAAUGAGUAUCUUGAGAUGCAUUUAAUUAUUUGUUUUUGGAUAUUGUCUCAUGUAUUUCGAAUGAUCAAAAUGUGUAAAAAGAAAUCCGUCCCUGUAUAAGACUACAGCUUACAAUAAGAUUUUUAAAGUUUUUAACUAAAAAUUGCAUAAUGUAUAAAAUUUAAUGUUUAAAAUUAUUUACCAAAGGAAUGCAUUCCCAAGGUACUUCAAUAUCUAACAUAGAGCAGCUACAUUUUGGCAGAAACUUAUUAUAAUUUAAUAUUACUAACUCUUCCUAUAAAAUAUUGUAGUGUAAUUUUAACUAAAGGUUGGAUUGUAAUUAUUUUUAAGAUUUACCGGCAGGAAGCGUUUAAUUAAAUAGGUUAACAAAUAUCUUUAAUAUCAUAUUUGAACUUUAUAUCUUUAUGGGAACGCGGAAACGAGAAAGCUACAGUUGCGCUAAACAAAGACGAUCAAACGAAAGGAGAAUGGAGAAUACCGAACCAGAGGAAAUUCUAUGUUCAGCUUAUUUUGCCGGAAACUGUUAUUUACAGGAAACAAAUAUUACGAUAGUGUACAAUGCAGGCGUUCAUUAAUUUUAGUGUAAACCAUUUAGUAUUAUAGUUUUCUCUUCCAAAAUAAAUAAAUACAUGACCGUUUGCUCAAAAAACUAAUUUAAAAAGACAUUGUUUGGAUUAUUUUCUUACAGACAUUAUCAUUAUCUUUAAUGAAAUAAAAUAUACCAAUCACACAAAUAAGCAUUUAUAUCAACUUCUAUUGGCUAUCGCUAAAUUUGUUCUUCUUUUUAUUAAAUAAAAUUUUUGAUUCACCUAGCAAGGCGCUCAGUGCAGGUUUUUUAUUAUGUGUACCUUGCUCAUAAUCAUGUUUUGUAGUUCACUUAUUUCACCGUUUGUAUUGCACACAAAUCGCAUUGUCACCAACUCAUCGUUUUUAUAUAAUAAUAAUUGUACAUGUCUCCUUUACACUAUUCGUGAAUCUUAAACGUAAAUAAUAAACAUUCAAUGUUACUUAUUUUUUCCCGAUAUAGGUUUGGUCUAUUUUAUAUUAUAUCGAUAUUAAAGGUGAUAUUACGUUUAAAAUAUAUUAUCAUUAUCAUAA